UCCACACUCGGUGGAUGCUGAGCUCUCUCCUCCUCGUGUAUUUUUUCACUUGCCAUUGCGACGGUUGAAUAAAAAAAAAAGUGCCCCCCGCGCACGUUAACCCUUCCAUCGAGUGCAUAAAAUAAAUAAAAAAAUAAACAAAUAAAUAAAACAAAUUCCGAUAUCGUAUUUCCCGGUGAGCAUCCACGAUCAGUUCCGUAUAUUUCCUUAUUUAUCCAUCACCCUCGCCUGUCGCUUACGUAUGCGAUAAGGAGGUGGAAUAAACGAUUUGAGGAAGACGUUAGGGAGUGAAUACACCGGGAAGGAAAUUUUAUUGAAUUACAAGGAGAGGAAAUUGUAGAGUCGUGUCAGUUUACAACGAUAUUUGAGUUUAUUCCAGUUCCAUUUCACGAAUGGAAGUUAAAAGGGACUUGAGUGCUGCUGCACAGGAAUGAGUGAACGAUUUUCAACAUUUUUACGUUUAAAAUGCGAUGACAGGAGAGUCGGUGGGCGCAAUGAUUCGCCACAAUCCGGAUGUUAAUAUUUCAAUAACUCCCAAAAACUAAUUAAAGAGGGACAACAGUCGAGUGGCUGGACAUAUAAUGUGUAACACGACAACAACAGCGAAAAUUGUCACUGCGACAUUGGCACUGUACUGGUGUUUCUCCAGCUGCACGUCGGAGGAGCAGAUUAAGAAUGCUUCCGCUCAAUGCGCAAUUCCACUUGGUAUGGAGGAGGGGAAGAUACCGGAUGAUGCUAUUUCAGCAUCGUCCAGUUAUGAAACUAAAUCUGUCGGACCGCAGAAUGCAAGAAUACGACAGGAGAAAAAUGGCGGCGCCUGGUGUCCAAAGGCCCAGAUCAGCUCGGGAAUUCGCGAAUACCUCGAGAUAGACCUGACUCGCGAUCACCUGAUAACCUGGACCGAGACACAGGGGAGAUUCGGUAAUGGACAGGGCCAAGAGUACGCUGAGACCUUCUACCUGGAAUACUUCAGGGAGUCCAAGUGGCACUCGUAUACGACAUUGGCUGGCGAGUCCAUACUCCGUGGUAACACCAAUACGUACCUGGUUGAAAGGCAAAGGCUCGAGCUGCCAUUUGUGGCGAGUAGGGUGAGAUUCGUACCCUGGAGCCAGCAUCCGAGAACAGUGUGCAUGAGGGUGGAGAUUUAUGGUUGUGUUUGGGAGCAACGAAUAAGAAUUUACAAGACGUCGCGACCGGCGACAGCGGGUCCUGGAGGUGCAAAUGUCGACGACAAUUCAUACGAUGGAAAAUUAGACAUUAAUGGAGAUUAUCUGAUCGACGGGAUGGGACAGUUAGUGGAUGGAAGCCUGGGGGAGGAUCCUCACAGCUCGUCAAACCUCGCUCACUGGGUCGGCUGGACAAAUCUCCAUCCCAUAACAAUUAUCUUCGAAUUUACGGAAAUCCGUCAAUUCGAAAACUGCACGAUUUAUGCUGCUAAUGCACCAGUGCGCGGCAUCGAAGUGCCAAAAUUCAUUCGCAUAUCGUUCUCGGAGGAUGGCGAUGUGUACGACCCACCGACGAUCGAUAUGGAUGUGGAGGAGAGAUCCGUUUAUUCACCCGGAAUCAUUCCGGUAUCUGUGCCACUGCGCUCGAGGACAUCAAAGUUCGUUAAAUUAGAGAUGGAGCCACGUUCAAAGUGGCUUCUACUCAGUGAAGUUACAUUCACCAGCAUUUCAGUACUGGAAUUUAACACGAGCAUCGAGAGUAAAGACGAAUCGCUCGAGUCUUCGAAUUACGAUCGUAAAAAUGAGUCCCUCAUUUACGAUGGUAAUUACCAGCAGAGUCCAGACAUGAAUUACACAGAUCCCGAGAUCAAUGCCAACAUAACACCCGACGCAUUCCCAGUGAGUCCCCAGUGGUCGCAGACGUACAUUGGCCUGGUGAGCGGUGCCCUGACGGUGCUGGCCCUCUUGCUGACGUUCAUGGUCCUCCUGAUGAAGCUCCGCGGUCGCAAUAAGGUAGCACUGCUUCAAAAACAUACCGCGUUAUUAUGUGGUACAUCAGCACCCGGUAUAACGAUCAAUGUGAAGGACAUGAAGCUGCCAACGCCGAUAGUCGUCAACGGGAGCCAAUCGAGUCGUCUUGCUGGCUUCACCGGUAGCCUCAAGGCCACCAAGGGUCGUUCUGGCUCAGUGACGAGUUACGAUGCUGCCACUAUCACUCGCGAGGUAAUCGAUGGACAUCAGACACCUGGACAACGUGAUCUCAACGAGUACGAGCACUGCAGUGUUUACGCUGAAAAAACUUACAAACUACUGUUCCCGGACGAGCGCUUCUCCGGCUGCAAGACGGAUUAUGCUGAUGUCACUGAGUUUAACAAUGAAACAGUGGCACUGCAUAUGGAACAGGAGAAGGAUCAACAUACUGAGAGAACACCUCAGACACCUUACACUCAUAAAUCGAAGUACUCGCACGGGCAUUCCUCGAAGAGCAAGGUUUAUGAGGGAUAUUAUGCCGCCACUGAUAUUCUCACGAUAAAGAGACGGGAACAGCACACUGGUUCCAGUUUAUUUACUUCGUAUUUUAUCGAGGAGCGUCAUAACGUUGAGGUACAGGAGAUUCAUCACAUAUCGAGGCACAGAUUGAGAAUUUGCGAUAAAAUUGGUGAGGGAAGUUUUGGAUUUGUUCACUUGUGCGAGGCCAAGGGAAUUCACAGUUUGGAUUCAGGAACAAUGAGGAACAAACAGUUGGUUAUUGUGAGGUCACUGUGGCGAGGAGUUACGGAUUCACUGAAAAAGGAUUUUAUGAGGGAUAUGUGCAUUUUGGCUCAAAUUCGUGAUCCUAAUAUUGCAAGGAUUGUGGCACUUGUGGAGGAAGAGCCGUUUGGUGCGGUAUUUGAAUAUGGUGAGCAUGGAGAUUUACCGUAUUACAUUCGUAAUCAGGAGAAGUCAAACAACGAAGCCCCAUUGAGUUACAGCCGAUUAAUGAAGUUUAUCACUCAAAUUGCCACUGGAAUGAAGUACCUCGAGAGUUUGAACAUUGCUCAUUGUGACUUGGCAGCCCGAAACUGUGUAAUUACCAAGAAUUUAUCGAUCAAAGUGUCGGAUCAUGCUAUGUACAGCAGUAAAUACGACGGUGAAUAUUACGUUAAUGAGUGUUAUGCUAAGAUACCACUGCGAUGGAUGGCUUGGGAAGCUGUGCUCUUGGGUAAACGAAGCUGUCAAGCCGACAUCUGGAGUUACGCAACGACAGUAUGGGAAAUAUUGACCUACUGCGAGGAUCUACCUUACUCAGACAUGACAUCAGAGCAGGUAUUGGAAAAUUGUGGUAAGUACUAUCACUCUGGUACAUCAGAAAAACCACGCAUACUGGGCCAACCAUCUUCGUGCCCCCGAGAGCUCUACAGAAUGAUGACAAAGUGUUGGAGCAAGCACGCCGACUCCCGGCCGACAUUCAAGGACAUUUAUAUGUUUCUCAAACGUAUGAGCCUCGAUUAAAUAUUGUGAAUUAAAAGAAAAUAUCCUGAAAUCAUCGUUUCGACACCUGUGCAAGGACCAAAUAAUGAAAACACAAUCAGCUAUGAUGCAUUCUCCUCCAUUCAAUGAUACGAAAAUUAAUGGUUACGCCCGAGGAGUGCUCUGGCCAACUAACUUAUGCUCAACUAGGUUUAUCUUCAAUCUUCUAAGUAUAAUACCCCUAAUUUUAACCACAAAUGGAGAUAUAUCAUUAUAAGAUACAUAAGAGUUUUUAUAAUCGGUGUCAAGCUAUAUUUCCUUCGAGAUUCAAGAGAAAAAAAUACAUGAAGCUGAAAUUGACGAAUUCAUCGGGGGAUUACUCCAUUCAGAGGAUCUUCGAGGGCUUAAGGGUCAGACAGCCGCGUGAAAAAAUUUUUUCAACCGCUAAUGAGUUUAUAAACAGUCGUGUGAACAACUUUUUCACGUGCAAAUGUGCACGUCAGUCUCAUAAAUUUUCAUGAACUAAAUCCGCUGACGACUAUCGCCAGUUUGAGCCCCAUAAAAUGUGCGGAAAAUUUUAAAAAAAUAAGGGAAUCACCUGCGUUGUAUCUCUGUGCAUUUCCUACUAGAGGCAUCCUAGAAACAGUUGAUAUCAUAGAAUUAAAGAGGAUGAGUUGUAAGAUUGCGAUCAUCAACGACGAAUUAAUAAUUAAGAUCUUGCUUUAUUUGACGAAGUGAGAAUGAAUGAGUUGACCUUCAGGUUGCGUCCACAUAUCGGUAGUUAAUCUUCAUCGUAAUAAGCUAUUGGCACCGGCCACGAGUGAGAUAUCAUAGAAUAAUCUACGGAAUGUGGUGGAAAAUUUUCCAAGAUGUCUAAUGAAAUGUGAAGUGUUCAAUGAAAAUAUUUUAUUAAAAAAAUAUUUAGAAGGUGAUUUUUCUGCGGAAAUUCCCCGACUCCAAUUUUCAAUUUCCUUUUGUUCAAUAUUUUCAAUGAAAACUGGAGAAAUAUAAAGUAGAAGAGCACGAGAACAUUUGUCUCAAGAAACUAAAUGGAAAUUAUAAAAGAAGAAAUUCUAGCGAAAUUUCGCAAAAAAUGGCUCCUAUUGGACAUUUUCCGUUUUCAAAAAAUGUCCUACCAGUGAGGAGCACUUUCCUACUCAGUCCGCCAGAUUUUUCUGUGGAAUUUUUCUCGUGUGUGUCAUGACAUUUUCAAGAAAAAAAUAUCGUUUUAAGAUAACGAACUAAUGACAUAGGAGUUGAAGAAAUUAACAGAGCAGUCAUAUUUUAAGGCAUUAUGUAUAUGAAAUAGGAGUGGAAAUUUUCAUGUAAAUUGUUCGAGUACAUUAUCCACACGCUUUUAUCGAUUUCAAUCGAUAAGUUCUAAUGGCCAGAAGUAACGAGCCCAGCUCGAUAGUUUCCCAACCAAUAGUUGAACCAAUGUACGUUUGUGUUACCUGAAUAAAACAAUCAGCUGUUGUUGAAUAAAAUUGUAAGUGAGAAUUGAGUACAUACUCCAUUGAUAAGAAUAAUGCAAUCAUCAGAUUGUGAUAUGAAUGCAUGUGAAAUGUUAGAUUAUAAUUUAUCUCCUGUAAUUUAACGUGUGACACUUGGAAGGAAUAAUCAAUUAAACAAGAAUCACAAUUUUUCGACGAAAAAAAAAAUGUGGAUAAACUCCAUGUCACAUUAUUAAUAUCGUCAAUUUAGUUUUUACGGUAAUGAUGAUAAUUUACCGGAAUGACAAUUAAACGACAAUCAAUUUUUGGGGGCGAGUUGUAUCGAUA